GACAAAAAUGUCUCCGACGAUCUUAUCCUUCUCCGGUGUGACGGUGCCGGCGAUGCCGUCAUCAGGUUCCCUCUCCGGCAACACUUAUCUCCGAUUGAUAGACACACAAUGUAGUACGAUGAGAGAACUUAAGCAAAUCCACGCCAGUCUCAUCAAAACCGGUUUAAUUUCCGAUACUGUUACCGCGAGCCGUGUCCUCGCCUUCUGCUGUGCGUCUCCGUCAGACAUGAAUUACGCUUAUUUGGUAUUCACUAGGAUCAAUCACAAGAACCCAUUUGUCUGGAACACUAUAAUCCGUGGUUUCUCACGGAGCUCGUUUCCAGAGAUGGCUAUUUCGAUUUUCAUUGACAUGUUGUGUUCUUCUCCGUCUGUGAAGCCGCAGAGAUUGACUUAUCCUUCGGUGUUCAAAGCUUAUGGUAGACUUGGCCAAGCUCGUGAUGGGAGGCAAUUACAUGGGAUGGUUAUUAAAGAGGGACUUGAAGACGACUCGUUUAUACGGAAUACGAUGUUGCAUAUGUACGUGACUUGUGGGUGUUUGAUUGAAGCUUGGAGAAUCUUUCUGGGGAUGAUAGGUUUUGAUGUUGUUGCUUGGAAUUCAAUGAUUAUGGGUUUUGCGAAAUGUGGAUUGAUUGAUCAGGCGCAGAACCUGUUUGAUGAAAUGCCGCAGAGAAAUGGAGUUUCUUGGAAUUCGAUGAUUAGUGGGUUUGUGAGGAAUGGUAGAUUUAAGGAUGCGUUGGAUAUGUUUCGAGAGAUGCAGGAGAAAGAUGUGAAACCUGAUGGGUUUACAAUGGUGAGUCUGUUGAAUGCUUGUGCGUACCUUGGAGCAAGUGAGCAAGGGAGAUGGAUACAUGAGUACAUAGUGAGGAAUCGGUUUGAAUUGAAUAGUAUAGUUGUUACAGCACUCAUAGAUAUGUACUGUAAGUGUGGGUGCAUUGAGGAAGGUCUAAAUGUGUUUGAGUGUGCUCCUAAGAAGCAGUUAUCGUGUUGGAAUUCGAUGAUUCUUGGUCUAGCUAAUAACGGAUUCGAGGAAAGGGCCAUGGAUUUGUUCUCGGAGUUAGAGCGUUCUGGCUUGGAACCAGAUUCAGUCAGCUUCAUUGGUGUUUUAACAGCUUGUGCUCACUCCGGGGAAGUACAUAGAGCUGAUGAAUUUUUCAGAUUGAUGAAAGAAAAAUAUAUGAUUGAGCCAUCAAUAAAACACUAUACUUUAAUGGUUAAUGUGCUGGGUGGAGCGGGGCUCCUCGAAGAAGCAGAAGCAUUGAUAAAGAAUAUGCCGGUGGAAGAAGACACUGUUAUAUGGAGUUCUUUGCUUUCUGCCUGCAGGAAAAUCGGUAAUGUUGAGAUGGCUAAACGAGCAGCAAAAUGUUUGAAGAAGCUCGAUCCAGAUGAAACGUGUGGUUAUGUUCUCUUGUCUAAUGCUUAUGCUUCUUAUGGCUUGUUCGAAGAGGCAGUUGAGCAGAGGCUUUUGAUGAAGGAAAGACAAAUGGAGAAAGAAGUUGGCUGCAGUUCGAUUGAAGUGGAUUUUGAAGUUCAUGAGUUUAUAUCUUGUGGGGGAACGCAUCCUAAAUCCGCAGAGAUUUACAGUUUACUCGAUAUCUUAAACUGGGAUGUCUCUACAAUUAAAUCAGGUUUCGCUGAAUUGUUUGAUGCUACAACUAGGAUUGGUUUCACUUAUCUGGCAGAGAAAUAAGCAAUUUGAUAGUUUUGGAGAUGUAGCGGAAGAUAUCAUUUUAGUUUUCUUCUAGGUCAAGCUAUCUGAGCAGCACUAUAAGCCAGGUAUGUGAAUACAAAACCCCAAAAGAAGCUUCGUAGGCUUGGAGUUGCAGUUCUUGUUACUGAAGAAGUCAGUGGGUAUGGACCAGUGCUGAAAAAUUGAUUUAUAUAAAUUAUAUCUACUGUGUUUUUCUUCCGGAAGGUUAACGAAAUGGAAAAAAAAAAAUGAAUCUUAUGCUCACCUGUUAGAUGGAAACUUACACGUUGGAGUGCCUGCAAUCAAAGUUCACAGAUAUAAGAAGAAGAACAACAAUCACAAAUUGAAGAUGAUUAUGAAAAAUCAGUUCUGACGUAUAUAGACACUAUCACAAUGGAACUCUAGGAAUUUUGAUCAGAGGUUGGUUUUAUUUUUUCGAAUGUAAAGUGUUUAGUAUUACUUGGGUCCUGAACUGUAAGCACAGCAGCACCAUUGAAAUCGCAGUUUCUGGGUAUAGGAUUCUUCUGGUAAUAGUCAUUGAAUGCAUAAGAAGCUUGGCUUCUGUAAUUGUCGAGGUCUUGACAACGGCCACCCUUUUCCAAUGGUGAGCAAUCAGCACCAUUUUUGCAAGCCCAUUUUAGGCUCGAAAUCACUCUUCUAAAGUAGGCAUAUGGAUUUUCCAUGCACCAGAGUGUGUAUGUAGGUAUAAUGCUUGUGUUCUGCUGUGCAGCAAGUGUACCAGUCGCUUCUGAUGUUCCUGCUACUGAAACUAGUGCAAAGAGGGUUAUUAACAUCUUCGUCUUCAUUUUCUGAGAAAUUUCUUGCUUUUUGGUAGAAAAAUAAAUGGAGAAACUGGUGAUGAUUAUAUUUGAUGAUGAUGAUUUGUUGUCUAUCAUGUACAUUUGCAUGUAUUUAUAUCAUUGCCUGGAGACGUAUUUAAAGCCUAUGCAUGUGUUGAACCAACUAUUGAAAUUUAUAACAGGCAUGAUUAUAUGUCUUUAUCUCUAAUUAAUGCCAUGACAUGCUAUGCAGUUUACACUGACCAUGUAUAGUGCCUCUGUUGUGUGUGAUCAUUACAGGAAAGCGUCCUAAACGGAAUCUUUCAAAGAAACUUCAUCGAGAAUGUUGGUUUGGAAACGCACAGCACAAGUUAUUGAUCCAAAUCCAGAAAAGUUUGGAAGUUUGUGCUUGAAGAUUAUAUAACAUGUUGAAACUGGGAUGAGAGUGGAGUAAAAUCAGAAGUUGGUUGCUAGCUCAGUUUCCUAAAUAAUUGCUGGAACGGUGCAACUGCAAUUGGUAUCACACAGGUACAAACUACAAAGGGAGAUAAGCUUCAGUUUCUUAACCAGACUUACGGUUCUCUCUCAACCUACAGACACAUUUAUCUUUGAUUCCAAGGCCCCCAAGAGUAGAUAUCAGAAGCCGAGUUUCCAUUAGUGAGCAGAUUUUGAGGCAGUCCAUGAAUGUCAUCUAAAGGACGGGAUCUUCCAUUCUGGUAGUACUGCUGGUUCUGCAUAGAGGCAGCUUCAUCAUCAUCCAUAGGAAGACGAUCAAAAACAGCAUUCAUGAAAGAUGCAGCCAUGAGAACAACAGGACCAGAUGCGAUUAGCCCACCAACCACUCCUCCACCAACAACCUGUCCUUGAGGUCCGGCUAAGUAAAUGGUCAGACCAGUUAUUCCAAGUGGUGCUGGUGGAGGCAAGAUUGAUCCAAGCAAUGAGAGGAUCUCGUAACGUCCGUGUAAUGUGACAAUUGCUCCUGAUGAAGCUGGUUGCCUUAAUGUCACAUUGGUGACACAACCAUUGGCACUGAGAAUGCAGAGACCUCUCUGUUUCCUUCUUGCAAAAUCCGAUAAAGUCUCACAGAUGUCACAACCUGAGCUGAUCUCAACGGCGUUAGCUCUGAGGGAAUUUGGACUGUCGUGAGUCACAAUGAUUGGUGGUUUGGGUUUGUUCUUGGAGCCAGCGGGUCUGCCACGUGGCCUCUUAGCCAUCUCUCCUUCGAUUGAUGAAACCGGUUGGACGGCUUUGGGUAAUGCUCUCAGGUUGUUGUUGGUGUUGCCUCUCUCUGUUGCUUCAUGGUUCCUCAUUGGAACAGACUUGGAUCCUACAGAGGUUGGAGUUAGAGCUGUACCUCCAGCCAUUGUUAUGAAUGUUGUUAUAUGUUCAACUGAAAGAUUCAGAAAAUUUGUGAGGAGUUUGUGAGUUUAAGUAAGGAGAUUUUGGUGAAUUAUUAAAUGGUAGAGACACCAAAAGAAUGAUUGUGAGGAGUAGGAGAUGGUUAAGUUGUCACCAAAAAUUGUGAUUAAUAGUUAACAAAUUUAUUUUGCAAAAAAAGAA